GCCGCGGGUCAGUCUGCUGAAUCAAAACAAUGGCCGACUGGAGAGCUAGCAUUUCACCUCUUGUGCUGUUUUUAAAUGUCUAACAAUGAACUUUCACUGACUCUGUUUCAGGAAACAGCUACUGGGAUGGAUAGAUGAUUUAAUAAGUGUAUUUUUAAAGAAGAAAACAGCUGUUUAGCCUCGUUUUUAGCUGUCAUAAUGAGUGAUGUUGUGGAGAAAACCCUGACUGCUCUGCCGAGUCUGCUGUCUCUGGACUCUCAGUCUGCAGCUACGAAACUCUCCUCCACCUCCAAACUAGGACACCUCAUCAGAGGAAUCACCGAGUUAACCUCCAAACAUGAGGAGGAGAAACUUAUUCAGCGUGAACUGGUAUCUAUCAAAGAACAGGUGUCCUCCCCCAACACCUCCAUGAGACAGAUGAAGGAGCUGAUGGUGAGAGCGAUCUACUGUGAAAUGCUCGGUUAUGAGGCUUCGUUCAGCUACAUUCAUGCCAUCAAACUGGCUCAACAAGGCACUGCUCUGGAGAAAAGAGUCGGUUAUCUCGCCGUGUCUUUGUUUCUGAAUGAAAGUCACGAGCUGCUACUUCUCCUUGUGAACACUGUGUUAAAGGAUCUUCAGAGCACAAACCUCAUUGAAGUGUGCAUGGCUCUAACUGUUGUCAGCCAGAUGUUCCCCAAAGAUAUGAUUCCUGCAAUCCUUCCUCUGGUCGAGGAGAAACUCAAUCACCCAAAAGAAAUCAUUCGACGAAAAGCGGUCCUGGCACUGUACAAAUUCUACCUAAUAGCACCGAAUCAAGUUCAACACAUCCACAACAAGUUUCGCAAAGCUCUGUGUGACAAGGACCCUGGCGUCAUGACAGCUUCACUACACAUCUACUUACAGAUGAUCCAGGAGAAUCCAGAAGGUUAUAAGGACCUGACAGCAAGUUUUGUCACCAUACUGAAGCAAGUGGUGGGGGGAAAACUGCCCAUGGAUUUUAACUAUCAUAGUGUCCCGGCUCCAUGGCUGCAAAUUCAGCUUCUCAGAAUACUGUCCUUUCUUGGGAAAAAUGACCAGAGCACAAGUGAGAUCAUGUAUGAAGUCCUCGACGAGUCUUUACGAAGAGCAGAGAUGAAUCACAACAUCACCUAUGCAAUAUUAUACGAAUGUGUAAAAUGUAUUUACACAAUUCAUCCCAAAUCUGACCUUUUGGAAAAAGCUGCAAAGUGCAUCGGCAAUUUUGUUCUGUCACCGAAGAUUAAUCUCAAAUAUCUCGGCUUGAAGGCCCUCACCUACGUGGUCCAGCAGGAUCCUAAACUGGCCCUGCAGCAUCAGAUGACCAUCAUAGAGUGUCUCGACCACCCCGACCUCAUCAUCAAGCGUGAGACACUGGAGUUGCUCUUUCGGAUCACUAACGCCCAGAACGUCACAGUCAUUGUCGAGAAGAUGCUGGAGUUUCUGCGCGUCAAUAAAGAUGACUACAUGACCAUUGACCUGGUGGGGAAGGUGGCAGAGCUGGCAGAAAAAUAUGCACCAGACAAUGAGUGGUUCAUUGAGACCAUGAACACGGUGUUUUCAGUGGGAGGAGACAUGAUGCAGCCCGACAUCCCAAACAGUUUCCUUAAACUGCUGUCUGAGGGAUUUGACAGCGUGGAGGAAGACAGGAAGUUGAGGCUGUUUGCUGUGGACUCAUAUGUUUCUCUGCUGCAAGGAGAUCCUGGUAAACUGCCACAGCGCUUCCUCCAAGUCAUCAGCUGGGUCCUCGGUGAAUACUCCUAUCUUAGGGAGGAACUUGAAGCGGCUACUGUCCUGAGGCUGCUGGCCAAACUGUUGGACAUGAAGAACACCAGCAGUGAAACCAAGAGCUGGGUCCUCAUGGCGAUGACCAAGCUCUGUGAGGGCGGGGCGGGCGUUUCUGUGGCCCAUGAGGUCUCUGAAACAUACGGCAGCUCCCUGGAUACAGUGCUGAGACAGAGGGCUCAGGAGCUGCAGCACCUCAGCCAAGACUCGGAGCUACGAGCCAGGGUGCUGCCUCGAGACGCCGGCCUGGAGCCCCUGGAGGUGGAUUCGUCUCUGUCAUUUCUGGAUGGAUUUGUGUCGGAGGCGUUGGCUGCUGGCGCUGCUCCAUACAAGCCUCCCCAUCAGCGCCAGGAGGAACUCGCUCAGGCAAAAGCGUUGAGCCUGGAGCCGUACGGCCUGUCGCUGCCCAUCAGCAUGUCCUCCUGCAGCAUCGCCGACAGACAGUCUCCUACACUGUUGUCUAUAAGCUCUGGUCUGUCAGGCGACAGCACCGACCUCUCACACAAAGGAGGCUCUGCAACUCUGAAGCUGGACGGUGUGAAGAGAGUGUGGGGGAGGGACGGCUACCUGGUGCAGAGGGAAUCUGUGGAGGAGUCGGCCCAUGUUGAGGUUCCCAGUCCCCUCCGGUCACCCAGCCAGCAGGGAGAGGCCGACAGCUCACACAGCCAGACUCCCACCCCGACACCGACCCCUGAGCCCCAACAAGAGAAACAGCAGCUGGCCUCCUCGCUGUUUGUCGGCCUGGCCUCCCAAAGCUCUGUGUGUCUGAUGGGAAAAUCUGAGCCGACACCGCAGCGAUUCAGAAGAAAAGCAAAAGGUCCGGGGUCGUCCUCGGGUGCCAGCGAGCAGAUAUCCAACUCCCUCGUCUCUCCUCCGAGCACCGUAGAUAACUUGUUGUGCAACAACCUCCUGGACGCCAACAUCACCUCAGAGCUGACCGUCUCUUCACUGGAACAGACGUCCCAACUCUCUCAGGGCCUCGCCGCUGCAAACGGCACCUGUGAUGUAGAGUUAACUGACGGUGACGUAAAGGGAAGUGGCUCCUCUCUCAUUAGGGAUAACGGUAUGGUAGCUGCUGAUCCAGCCCCACAUGAAGACCCCAAAGACUUGUGUCUCAGUUCUCAUCUUCCUGCAGAGCUCUCUGGACUCUCCCACUCAGAAAUCACUCCUCUGUGCUCCGACCAAAGCCUGGAUCUCUCAGCCUGUCAUGUGCAGAAAGAUGACUCUUUAGAGCUGGUUGUUUUCAUGUACAACUCUUCUGACUCUGACAUUCAACACAUACUACUAGAGCUUGACUCAGAUGAACUGGAGGUGUCCUGUGUGUGUGACAGCCCGGUGGAGGAGGCGAGAAGCCACGUUGUAGCCGUGUGUCAGUACUCCCUCGCCGCGAAGAGGCCUUCAGUCCACGUUGAAGUGGUUGGACUGGUGUCUUACCAGUUUCCUGUUGGGACGCCUCAGUCGCUGCAGUUCUCAUACAAACUGCCUCUAACCAGCUUCAUCAGACCGCUGACCGUGUCCACAGAACAGUACGGGACAAUGUGGCUGGACUUCUCUCACGAUACAAAGCAGAACCUGACGCUGAUCAGUGACGACCAAGAACCUCUCGCAGCCACUCUGAAUGUGCUGAAGAAGAAACUUCAGCUUCAUGUCGUGGAAAUCAUCGGUAUGGAAGGUAUUGUAGCUUGUCAGCUGCUCCGGGAUCAGCCGUGUCUGAUGCACUGUCGUCUGCAUGCGGGAACGCUGGCCGUGUGGCUGCGCUCUCCGGUCCCCGACCUGCCUGACUGCCUGAUGUACCACUGUCAGAGGGCGUUACAGGAGCACUGAGCCUCCGACUGCAACUCCUCCACCGAAGCCACUGAGCAACACGAACCACUGAAGAGGAAGGUACACAGAGCAGCAGUGCAGAACAUCAUCUUUAUAUUAACAGUGUUUAUCAUCAGUUUAUCUCUUCCACUAUGGGUUACAACAAUUUGCUUUAAAUUGGUGGAAUAAUUCACAGGAUCAGAACUGUUUGAACGUCAUGGCUGGUAAAAAACCUCAGGGCCAAACGAUUGUGUUUUUAAUCUUCUGUGAGUGUUCGAUGUUUCAGAAUAACAUGAAUGUCUUAAAAUGAUGACGGCUCCAGCAUGACUGAAAACGUCGAUGGUUGAAACAUUGUUAGUGAGUGAAAUUAAUACUAAGUAUGAUAUUCUCGUUUUGAAGGGAAAAUCAUGCAUUUCUGUAGUUAUGUUUUGCGCUCCAGGUCCGCAUGCUGAAUAUGAAGAGAGGUCGUGUCCUGCUUUCUAAUUUUUAACAUGAUUUUUACAAAUCAGCUACAUUUUCUAGGCUAGAACAAUCAUAACAGAGAAACCCAUUCUGUAUUUUAAUUAGGGAUGCACCAAUCCAAUUUUUUCAGUCCCGAUACCGAUACUGAUACUGAUACCGAUACCGAUACCGAUACCGGGGCUUCGGUAUCAACCGAUACCAAGUACCGAUCCGAUACCAGUGUUUAAUUAAUGCUGUAUGCCUCACUGUGUGGAAGUGACUGGGAUCAUUUGGUUAUGUGUAAGACAGAAUCAGGCUCGACUUAAACAUUGUACAGCGAGCCAGGAAUUGUUGUGAAAUAAACCCCUUCCGGGCGAUUCAGGGGGGUCCUGUGUCGCCCUGAAGGGGUUUAUUUCACAACAAUGACCGGCUCACUGUACAUUAUCCCGCUUAUUACACGGCCACUUACUUAAGAAAUCAAUAAUUUGACACAAAAAAGGUCCUCCAGAGUCCGACA